ACGAGUACUUGACAAUUGACAGUGACAAUGAUCUCAUGGAGAGAAGACAACCUGCGACGCGAUAGGUCAGUUUACAAAGCGGAAUUUUUAAACUUUCGAUAAUAACGAUUCCCAAUUUUUGCGAAAAAUUCUCUUUUUUUGGUAUAAAAAUUCCCGAAGAAAGAAAAAUUCCCUCAUAUUGGCAACACUGCUCGUCCAACUACCUUGAAAAAUCACGCGCCCCAAUAAAAACAAUCUCAAACCCACCAAUCACAACCGUACAUUCGCGCAAGCGCAAACGUCAAUCUCCUCACCAUUCAAUUUUCAAAGUGAAAAACGGUUGACUCGCACAGAUAACUAGUGCACAAAAAAGUAACGCAGACCACAGAUGCCCCAACUUCUUAAAAACCCACAAAAAUGACCGAAGAAUUCAACUACAACGCCAACCAAUACGUCGAUUUUAACCAAGCGGACGACGUCCACGACGACUCCUUUUUCGAGAACAACACCGAGGAAAAUGGCCCCCAUUACAAGCAACGCACCCAAACCGUGUACGAAGACGUCGUUGAAAGCUGCGACCCCCAGGAACUUUCAGACACCGAAAGCGACUGCUUUUUCUCACCGAUGGACACAGGCCCCUCCAACUCCACAGUGUACCUUAAGAGCAAGCUGCGAAGGUCGCUGAGUAUGGGUAACUUGCCCACGAAGAGCCCCCCAAAGCACAAAGCGGAGCUGAGUGAGGAUUUGAACGGGUUGCACCUGCAUGGGGUACAGGAAAGGCCGAGUUCCGCGAACGCGUUUCAUCCAAAGGGGAAAGCCCCGUCGCAAGAGUGCAUUAAUCGGCUAGCGCAGCCUAAGCGGUUCACGUCGCACGAAAACUUAACUCUAGCAGAGGCUGUGAUCAAGUUCCAAGCAGGGACUCCCAAGAGGUUUCGUUCUAAACCCUCGCCAAAAAUCAACAAAGGGCUGCCAAUGCCGUGGGGGGGCACUCAAGCUCAUUCUCCCAAACUGAAGACUACAGCAAGGUCUCGACCCGUUGUAGCGGUAUCAAAGGAUGAGCAAGAAAGACUGGAGAUGGAGGAGGCCAAAAAGUUCAAAAUUAAAGCCCUCCCUGUUAGCAAGAAGGUACUCCGAGGUCCGCUGAAGCCCCAACUCGAUAAAAAACCCCCCACCAAUCCCGAGCCCUUCCAUUUAACGGAAAUAAAGAAAAAAACGGUCCCCGUCCAAGAACUCAAAAUCCCACCCUUCAAGGCUCAACCCCUACCCAAAAGCUUGCACCAGCCGCACAAAAUCCACCCCAAUCAACAACCGCCCACCAAAGGACAGACCCCCAGUUUCGUCAAACGCAUGUCCAGAAGUACCCCAAAUAAGGUCGACCAAUCGACACGAAAAAAUGGGACCCCGCCGCCCUUCAGACCCUCACGCACCCAACCCAAACCCUUCAGUUUCGAAAAGAGGGACCAGGCGCUGUUCAGGAAGAAAGAGGAGCAGAUCAACAAGAUUUUGGAAGAGGAGAAGAAGGCCCGCGAAUUCCAUGCCAAGCCGCCGCCGAAGGCCAUCCUACGUUCCAGGAACGCUAGUCAAGAGCGCAUGAGUGAAGCGGGGUCGGUUAAGUCAUUUAGAAGCACUGAAGACCUGGAUACGACGGUGUUCAAAGCUAGACCUGCGUCGGUGCUGAUGAUGAAGCCGUUCGAGCCCAAGAGGGACGAAACUCAUGCUGUUAGAGUGGAGGCGUUCCAGUUUUCGACGGACCAGAGACUGGAAGCCAGGCACAAGUUUGAAGAGAGACUUAAGGAGAAGGAGGCGCUCAUGGAAGCGCAGAAGAAGCAGAAGGAUGACAUGUUGAAGAGAUUGGCUGAGGAGGAGGUGGCCAAGCUUAGGAAACAGAUGGAGUAUAAAGCGCAACCCAUUAAGAAGUACAAGGAGUUGAAAAUUGAACACAACAUUAAAGUCACGGAGCCGAUUAGUCCGAAGUUUCAUACUGACAGGAUUAGAAAUAAGGAAAAUAUUCAGUAGAGAAGCUUUUUUAUUAUAAUUACUUGGAUCUACAAUUUUAUGUGUUUUAAGAAUUUUUGAUAUUGUCAUAUUACAUAUUAUUUCUAA